AUGGCCUCCAUGAAGUUGGGCUCAAAAACAGAUGGCUUUCACCGUGAUGACCAAACUUGGCAUUGCACAACUGGGCUUCCAAGUGAUGUUACCGUUGAGGUUGGGGAAAUGACUUUCAAUCUCCACAAGUUUCCAUUGAUUUCAAGAAGUGGGCUGCUAGAGAAGCGUAUUGAAGACCUUGCUAAUGAGAACGGAUCUGUUUCUGUCUUGAAACUUAAUGACAUACCUGGUGGUGCUAAAACAUUUGAACUUGUUGCCAAAUUUUGCUAUGGUAUCAAAAUAGAGAUGACUUCUUUGAAUGUGGUGAGCCUUAGAUGUGCAGCAGAGUACCUUCGCAUGACUGAAGAUUAUGGAGAAGGGAAUCUCAUUGUACAAGCAGAGGCUUUCCUUGACGAAGUCUUCAGCAGUUGGACAGACUCCAUAAGAGCUCUUGAAACUUGUGAAGAAGUUUUGCCUUUUGCAGAAGAAACUCAUAUUGUUCCAAGGUGCAUCGAUUCCUUAGCAAUGAAAGCUUGUGCAGAUCCAAACGUAUUUAAUUUGCCUGUUUCAGGACAACAUGAUACCCAAAACCAGGGAGCCAUCAUCUUAUGGAAUGGUAUAUCCACUACAAACAAACCACAACCCAUCGGUGAAGACUGGUGGUUUCAAGAUGUCUCAUUCCUCAACUUACCUCUCUACAAACGACUGAUUUUAGCUGUUGAAUCGAGAGGCAUAAAGCCUGAGACUCUUUCUGCUUCCCUUAUAUACUACGCUAAGAGUCACCUCCCCUUGAUGAGCAGACAAUCAAGCUUUGACCAUGCCAACCAUGUCAAUCCUGGGGCAACUGUUUCCAUCCCUUCGGAGGCAGAUCAAAAGGUUCUCCUAGAAGAGAUCGUGGCGUUAUUACCUAAUAAGAAGGGAGUCACAUCCCCCAAGUUUUUGAUUAUGCUGCUUCGUACUGCUAUGGUCUUACAUGCAAGUCCAUCAUGCAGAGAAAAUUUGGAGAAAAAGGCAGGAGCCCAGUUAGACCAAGCAGUACUUGUAGAUCUUCUCAUACCAAAUACGGGUUAUUCAGCGGAAACCCUUUAUGAUAUAGAUUGCGUUCAGAGAAUGCUUGACCAUUUUAUGUCUCUGAACCACGAAGCAGCUUUAUCAGCUUCCCCUUGCAUUGCUGAAGAGGGCCAGUUCGUGGGCAGCCCUGAUACACUAACACCGUUGACAUUGGUGGCCAGUCUGGUGGAUGGAUUUCUUGCUGAGGUGGCACCAGAUGUUAAUCUGAAGCCCCAAAAAUUCGAGGCACUUGCAGCUACCAUCCCAGAUUAUGCCAGGCCACUGGAUGAUGGAGUUUAUCAUGCUAUUGAUGUAUACCUGAAGGCUCAUCCUUGGCUUACAGAUGCUGAGAGGGAGCAUCUUUGCAGACUCAUGAACUGCCAGAAGCUCUCACUGGAAGCCAGCACCCAUGCUGCCCAGAAUGAGAGGCUACCUCUUCGAGUAAUUGUCCAAGUCCUCUUCUUCGAACAGCUUCGGCUCCGUACAUCAAUUUCUGGAUGGUUCUAUGUUUCUGGGAAUCUUGAAAACUCACAAAAUCCUUGUGGAAACAUUGGACUUCCGAAAAAUAAUGCUUCCCAUCAAAUAAACUCGAAAGACAGAGCUGAGGGUGUUGAUGGCAUGAAGGAGCGUGUUUCUGAACUUGAAAAGGAGUGUUUGACCAUGAAACAAGAUCUUCAAAAGAUCCUAAAGACGAAGAGAAGCUGGAAGAUAUUUUCCAAGCCAUUCAGGUUUAGAGAGAAACUACAGCCCUGCAAUUCAAAAGAAUCAUGUGAUUUAAAAGAGCCAGAAGCAUCUGCAAAUGGAUACAAGAAUCAUGAUAAUGGUGACAUGCCUCAGUAA